UUAAGCUCCGCCCCCUUUCCUCACUUCCGCCUUCUAAUCUUGGUUAGGUUAAAUUAACUGAAAUUAUUUGAUUUUUAAGCAUUAGAAGCAGACGAAAUCGGACCGGUUUUGUAUACAGGCAGUGUCUCGUGAAAUUCUGCACAAAGAAGAUGAAUGUGAGGAAGCUGCUGAAGAUGGUUCACAGUGUGGAACAAGCGGAGGGCGUUGGCGCUCGGGUCCGAAGGAGCAUUGGCAGGAAAGAAUUAAGAAACUUGGAUCCUUUCCUGAUGCUGGAUGAGUUUAAAGUGGCCAAACCGGCAGGUUUUCCAGACCAUCCUCACAGAGGAUUUGAGACGGUCACGUAUGUUUUGGGGGGAAUCACAGCCCAUGAGGACUUUUGCGGUCAUUCUGGACGUCUGAUGCCUGGAGAUUUACAAUGGAUGACAGCGGGACGGGGGGUGGUCCAUGCUGAGAUGCCUGUGUCAGAGGAGCCAGUGGUGGGACUGCAGCUGUGGGUGAACCUCCGAAAACAAGAGAAGAUGAUUGAACCAGCAUACCAGGAGCUUAAAAGCUCGGAGAUCCCCAAACGCAGCCAGGGUGGGGUCACAGUCGCCGUGAUAUCCGGAGAAGCAUUGGGAGCAAAGUCUAAGGUUUACACAAGAACACCAACCUUGUAUUUGGACUUCAAGCUGCAGGCCGGGGCCAUGCAUGUGCAGCCAGUCCCCUCUGGAUGGACCACCUUCAUUUAUACCCUCUCUGGAACUACUCAUGUUGGCCCAGAUCAGGACCAGCAGCAGGUGGAGCCUCAUCACACUGUGGUGUUUGGAGAUGGUGAUUGUGUCAGGUUUGAAAACAAGGGCUCUGAAGUUUGUCAUUUUGUGCUGGUUGCUGGAGAACCGAUCAACGAGCCUGUGGUACAACAGGGUCCGUUUGUAAUGACCACUCAGGAGGAGAUCCACCAGGCCAAGAUGGACUUCUAUAAUGGCACAAAUGGCUUUGAAAGAGCCAAAAACUGGAGGUCCAAAAUCAGAGAUUCUUCUUAAGCAAUGCAGCUUUGUAGUUACAGAAAUACUAUAUACAAUACUUUAUUUUGGUGUUUUUAAGUGGGCACAAAAAAACAUGUAAGGUAGGUUUGAGCUGUUAUGAUUUCUUGAUUAAUUGUAAGCUGUGGUGUUCUUUUUUUAUCAGUAGGAUUUCCUCCUCCACCGCUUUCCUUUUCCAUCUUUGUGGCCUUCGACCCCAAACUUUUCACUUCAAUUUUUUGUCAUAAUUAUCUUGACUGCUAGAUGGCGCCAUAAACACAAACUGUGCAAGUGCUGCGUUGAGAUGUUUGUACAAACCGGCUUCAUCAUUGUGGAAGGAAAGUCUCUCAUUUUGCUAAAAAAAGAACACAGCAGUAAAAUUUGAUCUUAAUCAGCACUUUAGAAAUGGAGAUUAGCACAUAUGUUGAGAUUGUGUGCUUCUGCUAGGCACCUUCAGAGACUUAGUUUAUUUUUUAAAAAAGGAUUUUAAAUUCUGUUUCGAGAAUUUGUGGCGGAAAUUCAUCCUUGUGUACUUAUAACCCCUGCAAGAUGGUGCUAAUUAAAGCAUGCCUUCCUGAAGGAGAGUUUUUAGUCGCUGCUACUGGGAUAUAGUUCCUAUUGAUCAAUUCAUCUUCACUGAAGUUACCAAAGCAACCACAUAGGGAAAUUUCCCUGGUGACACUUGUUAAGAUAUUUUAACACAAGGUUUGGCAAAAGACUAAUUUUCCAUGAAUGAUGAGCACUCUGUUUGCUCUCCUUUAUUUUAUUGACUCACUACAUGUUUGCUGUAUGUGUAUUCCAUCUUCCCUUUGAAGUAGAUGUGCGUUACCUAAUGCAUACGAGUAAAUAAAGUUAAGAAGAAAUUUA